GUUCAAAAAUCCCAACCUUUCUUCUCUGUUUCUCGCUCAAACUGGUUAUCACAUGCCAUUUCGCUUAAUUCAAGUGUAUUGAAGAAGCUACAGUGAGUUUGUAAUGGUGGGUACGGAGAAGCAGACUCUUACUCCAAAGGGAAUUAUACAUGAGAAGUUUGGUGUUAAAGCAAUUUACAAGAUCGAGGAAGUUCAUGACUCUUCUCAGAAACGUCCAUGCCUUUAUCGAUGCCACUUACAGCUACCAGACUUUUCUGUUGUGACAAAUGUCUUUAAGAACAAGAAGGAUUCUGAACAAUCUGCUGCUGAACUGGCUCUCGAAAAGCUAGGCAUUCAGCCUCCGGAUGAUGAUGAUGAUGAUGAUGUUACUGUGGAGCAAGCUUGGGAUGAUAUCGUUGAACGCAUUAAGUAUAUAUUUUCUGAUGAGUUUCUUUCAACUGAUCAUCCUCUAAGUAGUCACCUUAGAGCGGCACUACAAAAAGAUGGUGAACGUUUUGGAUCAGUUCCUGUUUCUGUCAUUGCUACGUUUGAUGCAAAGAUUAUCAGUCGCUGUAAAGUGAUUAAUCCUUCCGUGGACUUAGAUCCUAACUUGGCCAUGUCCUGUGUCAUGGAGGCUGCUGCAAAGUUGUCAGACUACAUUGUCGUAUCUCCGCAUGUAGCUUCACUUCGAAGGAAAAAUCCAUACCCUCCAGCAAUUAUAGAAGCACUGGCUCGUGUUGAAAGCAUAAAAUUUGAAGCUGUAUAUAUACGAUGUACCACUGGUGGUGAAGAGGUUGUUGAGCAAGUCACUCUUGAUAUUUCUUCAGAGCAGUAUUACUUGGAUAUUAUUGCUGAAAAGCUUGGUUUAAAGGAUGGCAGCCAAGUGAUGAUAUCCAGGACGAUUGGCAAAACGUCCUCUGGCUAUGAGUGUAGGGUUUACUCAGCCAUUCCUGAGUUGAGGUCUUUUGAUAAUUCAUGGAAAGCACAUGGGAAACGGCCAGUUGCUGAAUCAUCACAUUUGGAAAAGUCACGGAAUGCAAAAGCAAGUUUUGUUUGUGGUCAAGAUGUUCAUGGUGAUGCGAUCGUGGCAUCUGUUGGUUACCAAUGGAGGUCCCAUGGUCUUGAACAUGAUGAUGUAACCUUAAAGUCAUUUUACAGGAUAUGUUGCGGUAUCUCUCCUAAUGGAAUUUAUAAACUCUCCCGAAAAGCAUUAAUUGCUGCGCAGUUGCCUUUAAGAUUCACUACAAAGUCUAGUUGGAGAGGUCCACUCCCCAGGGAGAUUCUCUGCAUGUUCUGCCGCCAGCAAGAACUAGCUGAGCCAGUCUUUACUAUAUCUACUGCUCCUGUGAAAUCAAUGUCUGACUUACUAAGAUCAUACAAGAAGUUGAAAGACUCAGAGUCGGAUAAUAACAGCAAUCAGUAUAUGAGCUGGGAAACUGAGGACUCAGACUGCGAUGAUACCAACAAUCAUCAUUAUAAGAGAAGGGAAAAAGAGGAGGAACCAGGAUCAGGGACUGGGUAUAGAUGUGAAGUGAAGAUUCUCUCAAAGUCUCAGGAUUUGGUUUUAGACUGUUCACCGGGAAGCUUCUACGAGAAGGAAAACCGUGCUAUUCAAAAUGCUUCAUUGAAAGCCCUCUCAUGGUUUAGUAGCUUAUUCGAUGACCUGGAUGCUGACCCGGAACAACCACGUUAUACGAAUCAAGACCUGGAUUGGUUUUAUCAACGGAAUAUCAUGAUCAAAGGGACUUUUCCAAGUAGUAGAAGAUAUAAAGAGCCCACCUCUAGAUCAAAGACCACGGGUAUGCAUUCAUACACUCGCGAUAAGAAGCGUGUUCAAUCUAUACCUAAUGGUUCCAUGGUUAGUAUAAGCUAUUCUGUGUCCGUGGACGUAGACCUUGGCUUUUCGAAGAAUGGUAAACCUUUAAAAGAACUCAUCGAAAGCAAUGAAGAGAUAGAGUUCGAGGUAGGGAACGGAUCUAUGAAUCCACAUCUUGAAUCAGUUGUUACUCAGAUGUCUGUUGGCCAAUAUGGUUGUUUUUUAACUAAUCAGCCUUCUGAAGGGUUGAUUUUGGCUGCUGCCAGUGAUACUGCGAGAACUCGCUCACUCUUAUCAGAAAUCUCAGCAGGUUUGGAAUAUCAUGUACAUUUGUUGGGAGUGAAAGGGCCGACAGAAAAACGAAUGGAGGCAGAUUUUUUCAAACCUACACUUUCAAUACAGCGUGUUGAAUUUGCAGUGAAACAUAUCAAAGAAUUAUCAGCUUCUAACCUGGUUGACUUUGGAUGCGGAUCUGGAAGCUUCCUAGGCUCUUUACUUGACUAUCCAACUUCACUUCAAACCAUUGUCGGUGUUGACAUCUCACAGAAGCGUCUUGCCCGUGCUGCUAAGAUGCUACAAUCAAAAUUAAACAAGGGAGCUGGCAACCUCAAAUCUAUUAUACUCUAUGAUGGUUCCAUCCUCGAGUUUGAUUCCAGGCUGCAUGACAUUGACAUCUGCACUUGCUUAGAGGUCAUUGAACACAUGGAAGAAGAUGAAGCCUGUAAAUUUGGUGAAACAGUUCUAAGCUUGUUUCGGCCGAAACUUCUGAUUGUCUCCACACCAAACUACGAGUACAACACAAUUCUCCAUAAGUCUGCUCGAUACCACCCAAAAGACAAAUCCAUGUCACAUCGGUCCAAGUUCAGGAACCAUGACCACAAGUUCGAAUGGACAAGGGCACAGUUUAAACGCUGGGCAUAUAAGCUCUCCCAACGCCAUAACUACAGGGUCGAGGUAACCGGUGUUGGAGGGUCUAAUGUGGAUCCCGGGUUUGCUUCUCAGAUCGCUGUUUUUAGUCGACAAUCUUUCUUUGAGGUUGAUGUUGUUGAAAAGGUCGCAGAAGGUUCGAUGCAGUCUUAUAAAGUCAUAUGGGAAUGGAAAAGAUGAGCAAGUGGAGACAAAAAAAAAGACUAAAUCUUUGACAAGAGUAUCAACCAGAAUAGUCUUCAAGUUUGUAGCUUUAGAACUUGUGCUAGUUCAGUUUCUUCAUGUAUCUUCCUUAUCACACUCUUGUUUGUGGUCUUAUAAUCUA